AUGGGCCCAGGGUCAUCAUCUGCUGUGUCUUCUCCAUCCCCUUCUCAGCCCAAAGACCUUCUAUCAGAGGCCACCUACCAUGUUCCUUCGGACAAUACUGAUUCUUCUGAUGCUUCUGCCAGUAUCUCAUCAUCUGAUGUGAUAAGUUCUCCUGUCAUCACGGACCCUCUGAGCUCCCCGCGUCAUUCAGAUCAGGAACUUGUCAACAUCGUUCGGCGUUUUUGGGAACUCGAUAAAGUACCUGACGUGCUUCCUUUGACCCCUGCCGAGAAGGAGUGUGAAGUUCUGUAUCGCGCUGAAGUCACUCGUGACUCCACUGGCAGAUACACUGUUGGUUUGCCCUUCUCAUCUUAUCGUCUGGGUACCUCUGUCAAUGUGGCGACUAGGCAGUUUCCUCGAUUAGAAAAUCGUCUAGAAAAUAACCCUGAUCUUCGUGUCGCCUAUCAUGAGUUUAUGCGAGAUUAUCUCUCGAGUGGUCACAUGGAAUUGGUUGCUGAAUCAUUUGACCAUCCUCGAUAUGAACCUUAUUAUAUUCCUCAUCAUCCUGUUCACCGUCCAGAUGAUCCUGCUACUGAAAUUCGAGUUGUCUUCAACGCCUCUUGCGCAUCUGCUAAUGGCAAAUCCCUCAACGAUCAUCUGCUUACCGGCCCGAAGCUGCAAACGGACAUUUCCACUCUUUUGCUUCGUUUUCGUCUACAUCAAUUUGUUUUUACUGCCGAUAUCAAACAGAUGUAUCGAAAGAUCCUGAUACGCCCUGAGCAAAGGGAUUAUCAACGCAUCGUCUGGCGUUUCUCCAAACGGGAACCCCUCCAAUAUUACCGUCUGAACACAGUCACCUAUGGAGUUUCCUCGGCUCCUUACCUAGCACUUAGAACCCUUCAUCAGCUAGCUUCGGACGACGGACUCAGAUUUCCUACGGCAAGGCAAGUCUUGCUGAAUGAGAUUUAUGUCGAUGACAUCUUGACCGGCUGUUCAUCCGAAUCUGAAGCUCUUGAAUUGCGAAAGCAGGUUCAAGACCUGCUCAUGGCGGGUGGUUUUGAGCUGCGUAAAUGGGCUACUAAUCAUCUUCCCCUGCUAGACGGUAUCCCAUCUGAUCAUCGUAGGGAAUCCUCCCCUAUUGACCCCCUUCUUCUUGACCGUGAACCAAGUCUCAAAAUUCUGGGACUUGGAUGGAAUCCUGCAUCUGAUCACUUCUUUUAUUCCGUCCGUUUAAAUUCAACGACUGUCACCAAACGGAAUGUGCUGAGUCAGAUGGCUAGAAUCUUCGAUCCUUUGGGAUGGCUAACUCCAGUCACUUUCUAUGCCAAAAUCUUUUUUCAUCAGCUCUGUCUACUUCAUCUAGAAUGGGAUCAACCUCUCUCGAAUGAGAUUCAAAACAGGUGGUUGCAGUUUCAAUCCCAGCUUCCCACGUUGACAGAGCUUCACAUACCACGAUUCAUCCCUGCCGUUUCUUCUUCUGCUCAUCGCUUCAUCGGCUUCUGUGAUGCCUCUGAAUCCGGCUAUGCUGCAGUUGUUUAUCUAAGCACUCUAACAUCGUCCGGUUGA